UUCUGCCACGUCUUUUCUCCAGACGGCUUUUGUCGCACUUUCAUAAACCUGUACUUUGGUGAAAACCACCUGAAAUAGUGGGAUGUUGCUGGAUUGGUGUGACAAGUUCAUGACCUUCAGAGGAUAGCAUAUCCUGAAUUCUUCAACCCCUGUGAUUGUUAUAUUUACGAUGGCAUCAGUCAAAGUGAAACCACGGAGAAGACUGAGCUUAGACAAUCCACCUAAUAUGAGCAGAGAAACACCACUGAGGAUGCUGGUCUUUGGCGACUCAAGUCAGGAUCAGAUCUCACUGACACGGUCUGUGCUGGGGCAAGAUGUCUUUACCAGAGAUGAAGUCAAUAUUUCAGCUACCAAGAAAAAUUCAGGGGUUGUUCAGGAGAGAAACAUAACCCUAGUCAAUGCACCAAAUCUUCAGGAUAAUGACUUGCCGGACAGCAUACUUCAUAAGGAGCUCAGGAAGGCAGUUUGUUUCUCAUGUCCAGGUCCUCAUGCUGUGGUGUUCGUUGUAGACCCAUUUCACUUGACCUCUAACACUAUGGACAUACUGAAGCCUAUGGUACACUACUUUGGGGAAUGUGUCUUGAAGCACACAUUGAUUGUUUUAUACCAUGAGCGAGGUAUGAGAACUCAGUCCAUAGAAGACGAGGUAAAAAAGAAUAAGAGCUUUAGAGCGCUUGCUGAGAAAUGUAGCCAGAACUACCUCUUCUUCAAUGGAGAAGUAAACUGGACUGAGGGUAACCAGACACAAGCAUUGCUCACCAAGGUGGAAAAGAUGGUCCGGGAGCAGGGAAUGUUUUCAAACAUGGAAUUUAAGGAUGCCGAAAAAAGAAUUCAGAUAGAGGAGCGUUUCAUCAAAAAAUCAAAGGAGAAAGAGAUCAGGGAGACAUUGAAGGCGCUGGAGAACCAACAUUCAGGAGAAGCGCUUGCCAGUGAGAUCCUGAGGUAUGAAGAAAAGAUACAGUUGGAGUGCCGAGAGAAAGCAGAGCUGGUUGUUGCGGACAAGCUUGGCUUUACGCUUAGAUUGGUUGAUUAUGCUGUUGCAGUGGGGAAAGGUGCAUUUGUUGGUGCACUUCUGGGAUUUGCAGUAGGAUAUGAAGGUAUGGCAGUGGGAGCUGCUGUUGGUGCUGGUCUUGGUGCUGCGCUUGGAGGUGCAGCUAAUGCAGUAUGGAGCUACAUUUACAAAUCCUUUACAGAUGCCCACUAAGGGGUAAGGGUGCAACGAUAAAUCAAUCCCAUGGAUUGAUUCUGCGAUUUUCUGAAUGCAUCGCGAUUCUCUCUGGAAUCUAUUCUGAGCUUAGUUUUUAACAGCAGAUGGCACUGUGUGCUUUAGAAACAGUACUGUGCUCGCUUCCAGUUCCAUACACACACACACACCACUUGAAUCUAAAAUAAUCAUUC